UUGGGCUCUGCCGCCUCGCUCGGCGCCCUCGGCGUGGCUCGGUUGGCUCCGCGCGCGCGGCUCGGGGACUGGCGCGGCCCGCCCGCCCCUAUUUCUACCCCCCGCUCUCCGCUCCCGUCCCGGCCCGCCGCGAAUCUGCCCGCCGCCGGGCGAUGGCCCGGAGCUCGCGGCGCCACUCCCCGCGUGACCAGGCCGCGGACCGCGAUAGGCGCGGGCCGGCCGGGCGGGGCGGGGUCUCGCCGCCGCCGCCCCUGGGCCGGAGGCUGCCCCGGCUUCCUCGGCCGGCCGGCGAGUGGGCGGCGGCGGGACCUACUGCCCGCCGGGCCCUGAGCGCGCCGAUGCUGCGCCCCCGACCCGCGGCGCGCCAGUGGCCGCCGCCCGGCCGAGGCCGUGGGGGCAGCGCCGAGGCUCUCGCGGCUUCUGUUCCGUCACUGCGGACGCCUCCCCCUCCCGCGGGGACCCGCGCGGCCAACCAACCGCCUCGCACCUGCCCUCCCCAGCCCCGGGCCAGGCAGUGGGUGGGGGAGGACCCGAGAGAGCCAGACCGAAUGCUCCCGAUGAGCAGGAGGGACCCGUCUAUCCACUAGGAAGCCAGGACACCCAGCACCAGGGUUAGGAUUAGAGAUACCUGAGUGCCCCUUCUGGCUCUGCUGCUCCGAAGCUGUGUGACUUGGAGAAAACUACCUACUCUCCCCUGCAAAUGGGCGUGCCUCUCUACCUGUCUCACAGGAUGGCUGUGAGAAUUAGGUAAGGUGUUUUCACAAAUACAUGUGAACUAUAUGCAACGCAGCAAACAGAAUUGUUCUUUCUCUUGGUAUCCCCACAGCACAGUAACUUGCUGUUAAGCUUCUCAGUAAACAUCUAUUAGGUCGGAGAUGCCUGGCCUGAGCCAGCUUCCAGACUGCAGCUUCCUCAGUUUCAUCCUGGACUGUUUGCAAAAGCAAACUGGGAGUCUGAGAAGUACAGUCACACUCAAGCACGUGGCUUCUGCAAACAGAGGCCACAGCUACACCCCACAGGGAAGUCUUUGCUUCUGUACACACUGAUAAUGAUCCCUGUCAAUAAAAAACAUAAUUUACACAAAGAGCUGA